UUCACUGACGUGUCUUUGAGGAAGAUCAACAAAAUGGCGUACCAAACGUUUCAGCAAGAAUACAUGCAAAUGCCCGUGGUUACACGGACAUAUGCGACUGCCUGUGUGGUUACAACUCUUGCAGUGCAACUGGAAUUGAUAACGCCUUUUCAGCUUUAUUUUAAUCCCGAACUCAUAUUCCAACGAUAUCAGCUUUGGAGACUGAUUACCAAUUUUUUGUUCUUUGGAACAAUUGGAUUUAAUUUCUUCUUCAACAUGAUCUUCACAUACCGUUAUUGCAGGAUGUUAGAAGAAGGCUCAUUCCGGGGACGAACAGCAGACUUUGUGUUUAUGUUCAUUUUUGGUGGAGCAAUCAUGACUAUAAUUGCCUUGUUUGUCAACUUAGUUUUCCUAGGUCAGGCUUUCACGAUUAUGCUGGUGUACAUUUGGAGCCGAAGAAAUCCUUUUGUGCGGAUGAACUUUUUUGGUCUUUUAACCUUCAAAGCUCCUUUCUUGCCCUGGGUGCUGUUUGGUUUCUCCCUUAUGCUGGGAAAUUCUGUCAUGGUCGAUCUUAUAGGUAUUGCAGUGGGUCAUGUCUAUUAUUUCUUGGAGGAUGUGUUUCCAGAGCAGCCAGGUGGUUUUAGGAUACUCAAGACUCCAGGAAUUAUGAAAGCUAUCUUUGACGCAGCUCCUGAGGACCCUAACUACCAGCCUCUGCCAGAAGAAGACAGGCCUGGGGGGUUCAACUGGGGUGAUGGACAGAGAGUGGGUCAAGCUGCUGAGCAUGAGGAUUGACUGCAGUGAUGAUUAUAACUAAGCAACUUUUCAUAGCCUCAGUUUUUGCACAGUAAAUUAUUUUCCUUAUCUCACACCCAGAUCUUCGUAUUCUUCAGGACAGAACAUCUGGUAAAAUCUAAUUUGAGCAUGUAAUCAUGUCUCAGGAAUGAAGGCUUGGUAAUUUAGAGAGAAAUGUUUACUAAGGCGAGGUUCUCCAGUGCCUAUCAGUUUUGGUAUUUAACACCACUGAAAGUUAUAGUCAAGUCAAUUCCUAUGGCCAGGAAAAUGAUGGCACAGAAAAUGUUUUUCUCCAGCUCAUGUUCUUUCCAUGCCAUUGCACAGAAUAAUCCUGGGGUAGUUUGUUACUCCUAUAGUAUGUAGAAGUAGAAUACAGGGGAGUUUUUGCUUCAGAGUAUGAGUCUCUCAUGGGAGUAAGGAUGUGCAGAGUAGUCAGCUGAAGUGCAGGACAUAACUUUACAACCAAAAAUAGUUUGAUAGCAAUAAAUAAUAUUGCCCAGUUUGAGCAAAAAUCGGUUGUCAAGUGCCAUAUAUUUCAUGUUAAAAACAAAGGAAUGCAAAGAAAUACAAAACUUUAGAGCAUCACUAGACAAGUACAUGUAAUAGAAUUAAAACUGUUAUUUUCGAGCACUGUUCUAGCAUGUACUAGAUAUAAAUUCAGCUGAGUUAGAAGCUGCUAUUAAUGAAAUAAAUACAAAAUAAUGUAGAACAACUAUUGAUAUUUAUUUUAGAGAAUAUAUUUAAUAUCUAAAUUUGGUUUCACUGUAAUGUUAAUCAUCUGUUAGUAUAGGUUUGAUGGGUUGCAAUUGUAUAUGGCACUUUGGGAUGUUGCAUUUUAAUGGGACAGUGCAGUCUGUUCAAAGAUAAUAAUAUAUGACCUACCAAAACAAGAAUGAUUAAAGAGAACAUUUCCAUUAGGGUGCUUUCAUGGAAAUUCCUGAGAGGAAGGCGUUUUAACUGGCAGGGACUCUCGUGUAAAAAAGGACAGGGGUGCUUGUUGUACCUUUGAGGGGUUAAAAAAGUGGUUUUGGUACCUCCUUGGGUGUUCAGCCUGAAAAGGUCCACAGCAGAAGCUUCUGCAGUAUCUUUUGGGGUACUGAUCC